AUGGAAUCAGAGAAUCAACCUCCCAAUAAAAAAAAUCAAAAGUAUCAAUACAAGAAUAAUAAUAGAUAUAAUACCAACUACAAAAAUCAAAAUUAUUUGAAACCAAGAUCCUAUAUUCCAAAGACAAUAAAAAAUGUAGAGACAGAGACUGCAACAACAACCACUACUUCAACAACUACUCCAACAUCUGCUCCAACAACAUUAUCCCUUGAAUUUGUUACUUCUCCAAAUACUGAAAACUCAAAAUCUUUGGAGAGUGGUGAUACCAUUCACAGUCCACGAUCGUCUACUGAUGAUACACCAAUAAAAACAGAAUGCAAUACCUUUGAGAAUUUAAAUGAACUUCAACAACCAGAGUCACCGCUCAACAGCCAAGAUGUCAUCGAUUACUCACUAAACUCUUUGAGUGAUGCAUUCGAGUGUCAAUCUGUUGGUUCCAGUCACAAUAACAACAACAAUAAUUAUAGAUAUAAUUAUAAAUCAACCAAAUCAAAAGCAUUCAAAAAGAACUUUAAAAACAAUAAUACUACUCAAUUACAUCAAACAUCAUCUUCAUCAUCGCCUCCAAACUAUGUAUCUGCAAAUCCACAUCAAACAACAAUCCAGAAUCAAAAUGCACCACCACCUCAGGGAUAUCACCCAAUCUAUUUUUAUCCACAAAUCUACUAUGAUCCUGUGAGUCAAGCACCAUAUUUUCAAGUACCAUCAUUUGCUUUGAUACCUUUGCCAUACAACCCAUAUUAUGACCAAAACAAUCAACUUCCACCACAUAUCUAUCAUCAAGUGCCACCACAAUAUCAGAACGAUCGAUAUCUACAACUCUUCUCUAGUCAGGUUAACUUUAUACCAACAAAAAAUCAAUACAACAAUAACAACAACAAUAACAAUAGCAACAACAACACUGAUGAAAUAGUUUUAAAGAAAUCAUCCUCUAGGACUUCUUUGACCUUAAAAGGACCUAUAGAAGAUCUCAUUUUCGAUAUGGUGCCAGAGUAA